CGACAUCCAAAGUACAUGUGGCCCGUUCCAUCGUAGAACCACCGAUAAACCCUGCGCGGAACCGAUGACAAUGGCGAUUGGCGCCACCACUGCCUUAUCUUCAACCCUCGCCGGCAGUGUUGUUUCCUCGCUUUUAUCUGCUUCCAGUUUCCGCCGGAACUUCUUCACCCAUAUCAACCUCGCUCGCACGUUAGCCGCCACGAACUGUCGUUUCAAGAAUAUUCACAAACACCACACCCUCAUUGCCGGCAAAAGAAACUUAAGCUGCGAAUCUACUGCCUCUGCGGAUAUUAGUACGAAUUCCUCGAUUCAUAUUUCUAAUAAUAGCUACCCUCCGUAUGGCCGCCUUCUUCCUUGCCCAUCCCAGAAUGGACCUCCAAGGGUGGAACACUUGGUUGUUUCAAAAGGAGGACCUGUUCUUGAGUAUAUCAGUAGUGCUUUGAACCUACCACCACUAUUUGUUGCAGAUCUCAUUCAUUUUGGAGCUGUAUUUUAUGCUCUUGUAUGCCCGGACCCUCCACCAAGUGCUACGCCUGAGCAAAUCAAGACUUUUAAAGAAUUCACAGAUCCAUCAGUUCUAAGGAAAAGAGCAUCUAUUAAAGGGAAAACAGUACGAGAAGCACAGAAAACUUUUCGAAUUACUCGCCCUGAUGAGUUUGUUGAAGCUGGAACUUACUUACGUGUUCAUGUACACCCAAAACGCUUUCCAAGGUGCUAUGAAAUUGACUGGAGAUCUCGGAUUGUUGCUGUGACUGAUGACUACGUUAUUUUGGACAAACCUGCGGGUACAUCAGUUGGAGGAACCACAGAUAAUAUCGAAGAAAGUUGUGCAACAUUUGCUACUCGUGCUUUAGGAUUAGACGCUCCCUUGAGGACUACCCACCAGAUUGAUAAUUGCACCGAGGGCUGUGUAGUGUUAGCGAGAACAAAGGAGUACUGCUCCGUUUUCCAUGGGAAAAUAAGGGAGAAAAAGGUUAAGAAGCUUUAUCUUGCUCUUGCUGCUGCUCCCGUAUCACUUGGAGUAAUUACCCACUAUAUGCGCCCAGUUAAUAUCGCUCCCCGACUCAUAUCUGGAGAAUUCAUCAAUGGUUGGCACUUAUGCCAACUGGAGGUCUUAGAGUGCAGGAAAGUUCCCUGGCCAAAUCGUAUAAUUGAAGAGAAAAAUAGCAUUGAGGACUGUGGAUGGCCUAGUAAAGAUUUUGCGUACGAGUGUGAAAUCAACCUUUUGACAGGUCGGACACAUCAGAUUCGAGCACAGUUGGCUGCUUGUGGAGCCCCUCUAGUGGGUGACUCAAUGUAUAUGCCAGCUGCGGUUGCUGAGGCGAACUCUCCAGGACUUAACCCAUUUGGCAAGAACAAGAAAGAGUACUCCAGUGAUGAUGUAAAAGUAUUGGCUGUUGAAGAAUGGAUUGCUCACCAUGGAAAGGAACCUAGUGUUGCCAUUGGUCUUCAAGCAUGUCAAAUUUCAUGGGAUGAUGGAGAACACACUUAUGAGGCUGGAUGUCCAUGGUGGAGGUAAAUACAAGUACAACACAUGCCUGGAAACCACCGUCAGAUGUUAUAUGAUGUUGUACUUGCAUUUUAUUUUAUCAAAGGUAAGCCUCAUUGUGAAUCAUAAAUUUUUCACUUCACUUGUCUAUUUGUAUUAGUGUAAGAUAAACAAAGAUAAGCUAAAAUACAUCGAACCCUGUAUUUUAUAAAGACGAAAUCAAUCAUUAAUAAAUCUUUUGGCUAUUUUUCGGAACGUGUAAAAUUAAAUACAAAAAAGCCAGUAUAAUUCCUGAACCUCUAAAUUAUCGGGUAGUCUAAAUUGGUCCAGCCCAACAUCCUCACUUUCUAAGAGAAUAACAAUACAUUAAUGAUUGGAUUAUAGCAGUUUACUAUUUUUAGCUUUCUUAAGCUACCUUUAACGCUUAACGCCUUAGAUAAUUGUCUCCUAUUUUCAUGUCAAACUCCAUUUUUAUCCUUUUUUUUCCCCCUUGGGAACAAAAGAGAGUAAUUGAUUGGAUUGAAUUGUUCAAACUCCAUCCACCUCAAUUCAAAAUAAGCUUAACAAAGAUUAAUGAAUUUUGGUCUUGAAUCUUUCCAUUAACUACCAGAGCCGAGAAAAUAUGAAUAAUUAUUCGAUUUAUACUAAUAUAAAAUAUAUAUGCAGUUUUUAUCAUAAACAACUAUCUGUAACACUAUUAUAUUAUUAUUUAUUAUUAUGUGGAUGAUUGAUUUUAUUAAUUCUUUUAAAAUAUAAUGGAUUGAUUAUACAUUCUUAUUUUAUAUAAUAUAUUUUAAAAUAUAUGGAAAAAUAAUUAUAUACAUGUAGUGGGUAGAAGUAGAGCGUGUCAAGACGAUAAUUAAAAAAAAGAAAAAAGGGUAGAAUUAGAAUAUGGAGUAAACUGUAAAGGCCACACCAGAGACAGACGCAAGCUCAGACUGGGCACAACCU